GAAUGCAGCAUCUCUAGCGCCUCGCUGCAUUCAUUUCCGGGAAACGAGGCUCUUCAUCCACAAAGAUGGCGACACUGGCAGUGAGACGGGCUCCUCUCGGCGGUUUCAGUUUCGAAAACUGCAAGAGAAAUUCUAUUUUGGAAAGUGAAGCAAACAAAGUGGGCUUUAGCGUGCCAACGGCAAGAAAAACAGGAACGACCAUUUGUGGUGUUGUGUUCAAGGAUGGCAUUGUCCUUGGAGCGGACACUCGAGCCACUGAGGGUAUGGUUGUAGCUGACAAGAACUGCUCUAAAAUCCACUACAUCUCCCCCAACAUUUAUUGUUGUGGGGCGGGAACGGCCGCCGACACCGAGAUGACCACGCAGAUCAUCUCCUCCAACCUGGAGCUGCACGCCCUGUCCACCGGCAGGCAGCCUCGCGUGGCCACAGCCAACCGCAUGCUCAAGCAGAUGCUCUUCAGGUAUCAGGGUUACAUUGGUGCCGCUCUGGUCCUGGGUGGAGUGGACUGUAACGGACCUCAUCUCUACAGUAUCUACCCUCACGGCUCCACUGAUAAGCUUCCUUAUGUCACCAUGGGCUCCGGCUCCCUGGCUGCCAUGGCCGUGUUUGAAGAUCGUUACAAGACGGGCAUGGAGGAGGAGGAAGCCAAGCAGCUGGUCCGUGAUGCUAUUGCUGCUGGGAUCUUCAACGACCUGGGCUCCGGCAGCAACAUCGACCUGUGUGUCAUCACCAAGGGCAACGUGGACUACAUCCGGCCCCAUGACGAGGCCAACAAGAAGGGUGUCAGGCAUGGCGAGCUUGAAGGCGUGCAGCUAACCGGUGACUACAGAUACAAAAGAGGAACCACGGCCGUGCUGAGCAAGGUGGUGAACCCUCUUGACCUGGAGCUGCUAGAAGAGACGGUCCAAACCAUGGACACCUCCUGAGCCCACAGUCUCUGGUUUCCUGACACUCUUGUUGUACGUCAAUGGUUUGCAAUAAAGCUUUGAGUUGGUGACA